AUGGCUCCUCGCAUCAAUGACCCUGCGCUUCCUUUGCGCGCUGGGCCUGGCAGUCUCGCCGAACAGGUACAAUAUCCCGUGCCAUUGCGCUCGAAUGGGGCACUAGAGAAGUUCGAUUCAGAGGACACGACACCUACGAUCGGUCGUGAAUUCUUUAAUGUUAAUAUCGUGGAUGAACUUUUGAAUGCCCCAAACUCGGACGAACUCAUUCAGGAUCUUGCCAUCACCAUUUCCGAACGGGGUGUCGUCUUCUUUCGUGCCCAGGACAACCUUACCGAUGAUCUACAGAAGCAACUAGUUCAUCGACUUGGUCAGCUAUCUGGAAAGCCAGCUGAUUCGACGUUGCAUAUUCACCCAGUGCUCAACAACACUAACGAAUUCGGAGUCUCGGACGCGCAGGUGAGCACUAUCAGCUCACUCGCACGGAAGAAGAUGUUCCGCCACGAGAAUCAGUCGAACAGGCGUCGCUACGACGCGGCUCAGUGGCAUUCCGAUAUCCAAUUCGAACCUGCGCCGGCUGAUUACACCUCUCUUCGCUUGACCCAGUUGCCAAAGACAGGUGGUGAUACACUUUGGGCAUCGGGGUACGAACUUUACGACCGGUUCUCACCAGCGUAUCAACGAUUUUUUGAGACCCUCACCGCUACGUAUAGCGGUUCAGGGUUCAUUGCCGCUGCCAAGGCCGAUCCGGAAAACAUCAAGCUCUAUACUGAGCCAAGGGGCAAUCCACUCAAUGUUGGCGAAGAGCUAUCCACUGUCCAUCCUGUUGUGCGCACCAACCCGGUGACUGGCUGGAAAAGCAUCUACGCAGUUGGGCCAUUCCCUAAGCAAAUCAAUGAACUCAACUCAAGUGAAUCAGAGGAGCUCUUGAAGAAGUUUUACAACACAAUUCUGGAAAACCACGACAUUCAGGUUAGAUUCAAGUGGCGGAAUCCGAACGAUAUCGCGAUUUGGGACAAUCGAUCCGCUUUCCACACUGCAACGUUCGACUAUGAAGGGCUAGGGGAGCGCUUUGGUCACCGCGCGGUUGGCAUAGGUGAAAAGCCGUACUUGGAUCCUAAUAGUACAUCGAGGGCGGAAGCAUUGGCAGCUGAAAGGGGUUGA